AUGUCCUCUCCGAUGGUCCCCGACUCCUCGGUUGAAGAAAUGAAGGCCUUUCUGGCGGCCAACAUGGAUUAUCUUCCAUCGCGCCCAUUCGACCACGAUCAGCAUCGAAGAAACGUGGAAAAAAUGAUUGAGAUAAUGGAUGAGAUAGAAGAAAUAAUGCCAAUCAUUCUGGAUCCGGGAAUGAUGCACCCAGAGGACGACGUGAAUACGAUUAUGAAUGUAUUCGGCAACAUGAUCGGCGAAUAUAAUAAGUGAGUUUUUAUUUUAUUUUCAAUUUUUGUAUUAGUUUUUUUUGAGUCCAACAAUUUUAAGUUUGAUUAUUUUCACAAGGAAAGUACUUUUAUGGGGGCUCCUACUUUUUGACGGGACAUAUCUCAAAAAAUCAGCAAAAAUGUGCUGAUCAAGGAUAUAUAAAUCUUAGCUGCCCAUUUUAGGUUUUUAGGGGUGAAAACUCAAUCGGAAGUUGACUUAAAGUCCUAUAUGAACCCCUUUUCGUCUAAUUUUUCACGGGUUUACAAUUUUUAUUUUGGCUUAAAAUGAUGUUUAUUGAGUUUCUAAGACGUAAUAGAUCAGUCUUGGCCCAAAAAUUUAUUUUUCCGACCUUCAACUUCAAAAAAGUUGAUUCAGCCCAAAAGGGAAAUCGAACCCGUGCGGCGUCCCCCCUCUUGAUUCCCCGACUACGGCACUAACCACUCGGCCACACCGCUCUCUUCCGAAGGAAGAGACCGACUGCGCUUUUUAUCGUUUCGAAUGCAUGCGCCUUUUGUAGGGAAAUUGAGCCAGUUUUUGGGCAUUUUCACCCCUAAAAGCCCAAAAUGGGCAGCUAAGAUUUAUAUAUCCUUGAUCAGCACAUUUUUUCUGAUUUUUUGAGGUAUGUCCCGUCAAAAAGUAGGAGCCCCCAUAAAAGUACUUUCCUUGUCAGAAUGUUCUUGGACCUCGUCAACUCGACACAGAGAGAAGUCAAGAUUGAGAACGAUGUGUGUCAUGUAUGCCUAGAAGACGAAGCCAAGGACCCCAUGUACUGCCUCCAGUGCCUGAAGGUGGUUGGUUGUGCAACAUGCAUCGCCGAACUUGUGUCCCACCACGGGAUUUUCGUGAAAUGUUUGAAUUGUCAACGAAAGUCUUGUGUUGACAACCCAUUAUUUUUCCCAGCCAAAUUGUAA